AUGGAGGCUUACAACUACUCAGAGUCUCCGCGCGACCUCAACUCUCCACAUGACCCUUCGGAGAACGGGUACUCGUUUGCACGCAACAACAGACCUCACUAUUCAUCACAACACUCCUCUCAUCCCUCCGGGGCGUCCACAGUCAUGAAUGCCGGAUCCGCCUCGCAGUCUACGACCGCAGUCAGCACUGUCUCCACCGAGGCCCCAUCGUCGACUACGACGGCGAACGCGUUCGCCUACAGGAACGGACGGCGCAUGUCUUCCAGCUCGGCCAGUCGUUUAGAAGGUAAAGAAGUGGAUGGCCCCGUAGGGUUUGACGAAGGCAUCGUUAAUGGGCUGUGUGACAUGGACUGUGCUCUUCCUCUACUCGGGGACAGGAUAAAGCAAUCCGUCGCAUCGUGCAAGGUGAGGCAACAGUCAUGCCGUUUGCCGUCCGGUCAGCUAACGCAGCAGCAAAUCUCUGGCUUCUUUCGUCAACGGUCAGAAGUGGAGGAGAAGUAUGCGCGAGGAUUGGGUGAUAUGGCGAGGCAAGCAAUCGAGGUCUACAGCAAGAUGGAUUGCAAGGCGGGGUCAUUCGUGCAGUCAUACCAGCAAUCGCUCCGCAUGCAGGAGCAACUCGCCCAGAACAGGAUUAGGUUUGCUCAGCGGCUCGGGGAAAUGAGCGAGGAGCUCGCAUCGCUGGCGAGGGAAGGUGAAAAGCAGCGCAAGAUUCACAAGGAUAACGGCGCGCGUUUCCAAGCCAUACUUCAAGACUCCGAAACGGUCAUGGACAAGGCCAAAGCGAGGUUCGAUGCGACGGCCGAGGAGCUCGAGCGUAUUCUGGUAGCCAAGGAGGGAGAGAGCUAUCGCGACGCGGGUAUGCGCAAUGCCAACGCUGCCAACCACACAGCUGGCAACGGUACUAGCGCGAAUAAGAACCGUAUCGGCAAAGCAAUGACCAAGGGCUUGUUCAAGGGCAAGAACCCCGCCCAGAUGCAGCGCCACGAAGACGAUGUCCGGCAGCGCAUGGCGGGUGCCAGCGAGGCGUUCCGCAAGGCUGUUUUGGAGAGCCAAGCGCUGCGACAGGAGUACUUCAGCCAACAGCUGCCCAAGAUCGUGCGGUUACUGAAGGACUGUGCCGAUGAGCUCGAUCUCGGAAUCCAGUACCACCUCACACGGUAUGCGUUCAUGUACGAGUCGACUGUCGUCGGUGAAGGUUCCAUUCUCUGUCCGCCCACGCCCGAAGACGGACUGAGCCUGAAGCAAGUGUUCGAGAGCAUCGACAAUCGCAGCGACUUCAAGGCGUACAUGCAGAACUACGCAGUGGCGCGCAACAUCCCCAAGGGACCGCGUCGCGAGGGGCCGUAUGACGAGAACUUCGCGUCGACGUCGGCACCGGGUGGUCCUGUCAUUUCGGGCCCUACCAAUGUCCAGACUAACCCCGUGCCUCCGCCGAACGGCAGCGCUGUCGCUGUGACAUCGCCGCCACAGAACGAUUACUACUCGAGCAACUCCAUUCCCGCUUCCACAGGGGCAACGUUCGGAGUUGAUCUCGGCGACCAAUUGCAGCGCGAUGGAACGGAGGUGCCAAAGAUCGUUAAGAAGUGCGCAGAGGCGAUCGAAGCGUACGGUCUUGAGUCCAUGGGUAUCUACCGCUUGUCCGGCACGACCAGCAAAGUUCAAGCGCUCAAGAAUGCCCUCGACAAGGACAUCGAUAGCGUUGACGUUAUGGACGAGCAGUGGACCUCGGACAUCAAUGUCGUGUCUGGCGCACUGAAGCUCUGGUUCCGGGAGCUGCCGGAGCCGCUGCUGACGUACGGCCUAUACCAUGGCUUUAUCGAGGCUGCUAGGUACGACAAUGACCGUUUACGACACAUCCGACUGCACGAACAGGUGAACGAGCUGCCAGACCCCAACUACGCCACUCUGAAGUACUUCAUGGGUCAUCUGGACCGCAUCCGCCGCAAGGAAGGUGUGAACCAAAUGUCGGCUUCCAACCUUUCGAUUGUGUUUGGUCCGACGUUGCUCGGCGCCCCGCCAGAGGAGGGAGGCUUGAACCUGGAGCACAUGAACUUCCAGUGCAAGGCCAUCGAGACCAUCCUGGAGAAGUACCAGGAGAUCUUCGUUGAAGAGGAAGAGGCCUAA